AUUGGGGGGAAGGGUGAUUGGAUGCUGUCGGUGAGGAGGAGGGAUGAAGGGAGAAAGGAGGUAGGCUUAGGGUUUGGGGGAAUGGAGGAGAACGAGCUCGAAGAAGGAGAGGCGUACUCCGGGCAGGAGGAGGGGGAGGACGACUCCUGCGUCGACCCCGACAUCGCGCUCUCGUACAUCGAUGAAAAACUUCAAGACGUAUUGGGGCAUUUCCAAAAAGAUUUUGAAGGUGGAGUGUCUGCGGAAAACUUGGGGACAAAGUUUGGGGGAUAUGGUUCUUUUUUGCCUACUUACCAGCGUUCUCCAACCAUUCUGUCUCAACCUAAAAGUCCGCUGAGGGUGCCAAACCACAAUGGCACAAGAUCUCCCUACGCCCUUUCAUUCGAGGGUACAUAUCAGAAUCCUUCCAUCAAAAUUGGGGCAUCACUCUCUAAAAAGUGCACUGCCUCGACAACACCAAGCAAGAUCUCAAGCAAAAAAGACAUGGGUAUGAGAACACAAAGUAAUGAGGAGUCUAUUCCCCAGCAUGAUUCCUUGAACAAACCAGUUAAUGGAAGUGACCAGAAGACAUUAAAGGUCCGCAUAAAAGUUGGCCCUGAUAACAUGUUGGCAAGAAAUAAUGCUGCUAUCUACAGCGGUCUGGGCCUUGACAUGUCUCCAUCUUCAUCAUUGGAGGAUAGCCCUGAUGUGAGUGGAGGGUUUUCCCCUGAGUCUCCGUGGGCCAUUCUCAAGAUGAUGACAUGCUCUCCAGUUCCUGGGGCUGUUUUGCUUUCACCUCUUCCAGGUAGUAUAUUCCAGUUGACUGGGACAGAUAGUUCUUUCAUUAAAAAAUGUAAAACUGGCAUGCUGUACAAGGGCACUCCUGACGGGUGUGCAGUCCUAAGUGAUUUGACACUGCCUGCGAAAGAUGUCAAAGUUUACAAUGAAAAGAACAUGAAGUCUGAUGAGAAGAAAGGGAAGUCCACAGAAGUAAAGAAUGUAAAAUGCGAAGAUGACAUAAGCACAAUUUUGAAUAGGGAAAUUGAUAUUGAAACCGCAGCAGGACAAAAGCUUGUUUCUGAUGCCUUGAAUAUACCACUUUUAGCUGGUUUGGAGAAUGCUGAUAGAAAAACAGAAAGGCAGAUAGUUAGGGAGUCAGUGAAAGGUGUCACUAGAAUGUUGGAUUACUCAAAGGAACAUGAGAAGAUAACAGCGAAGGAGAGAAUACCCUUUCCUGAUAUAGUUAAGGAUAAAGAAUUGGAGUCAAUGGAAGGCAUGGAAAAUAAUGCAGUUGGCAAUUUAGAGAAUGAAGCAACACAUGCAAAAGGAAAACUUAACUCAAAAGCAAUGAUUGCAGAGAAGGCCUUGGAAGAACGAAAUACAAGUAGCAAUAAGAACACUUCAUCUGAUUUGCAAAGAGAAGACGGGAGCAAAGUUGAGAAGAGUUAUGAUCUAGUUAAUGGCAAUUCUAAUAUGUUUAGGGGAAAGAAGGAGGACAUGGCUGGACAGACAAAUCCAGUUAAACAGAUUUCUUCUCAGAAAGCUACUUCAUGGGAACAAGGAGAGAAGAUAUUCCGAGGGAAGGACCAGUUAUCUGAGGGAAAAAGAAAGCUGAAGGGAAGCCAAACUGAUGCAGCACCACUCAUGGAGUUAUCAAAGGACAACCUGAGUGGUCACUCUUCUGCAUCGUUAAAAGAAAAGAAGAAAAGCUCUGAUGCAAAAGCUAAGCAUUUUGAAAAGAAGUCCAAAGUUUUGAAAUCCCGUAAAGGAUCGAGUAAGGACUCAUCUAAAGAAUCUUGCGGUGAUGUUAUGGGUGCUGUAAAUCCUGAACAGCUUGAGAGUGGAGCUGGUUUUCCAGAUUUACAUUACAAAGAUAAACUAAAGGUUCGGAACUAUGAACAUGAGAAAGAGCCCUUGACGUCUAUUGAAACAUCAAAGGGGAGGUCAGGUGAUAAAAAGGUUGAUAAUGCUCCCACCUCUGAUGUUUCUAUUAAUGAGCCCGCAACUAUGCCUUUGAUGGGCAAUGCCCCAUAUUCAGGUGCAGCUGCUGCCACCCAUGCUCCUGUUGUUAUAAAUGAACAUUGGGUAUGUUGUGAUAUAUGCCAGCAAUGGCGCCUCUUACCCUAUGGUACCAAUCCUGAUCGCCUCCCCAAGAACUGGCAAUGUAGCCUGCUUGAUUGGCUGCCUAGAAUGAAUAGUUGCGAAUUCAGUGAGGAGGAAACAACAAAAGCACUACGUGCACUAUAUCUGAUUCCUGUUCCUGAGAGUGGUGCUAGUUUGGAAGGCCAUCAUAAUGUUGCUGCAUCAAGCAUUACUUCAACCAAUGCUCUGCAUCUCAAUCAAAAAAUUGAACAUAACAUGCGAAGUGUGCCUGCUAUUGGGAAGAGAAAAAAUGGACCUAAGGAUGCAACUACUGUACCUAAUCAUUCAAUUCAGUUUUCAAAUCCUGUGAAUACGAACCUACAGGUCUCUAACAGAAGUAGAAAUUUGAAUGAUCCGAACCAGUAUCCUUUUGAAACAAACUCGUCAGACAAAGUUGGCCUCAGCCAUGCGGGCAAAUCAACUGACUUCACUGCAGAGAAGCAAAAACACAAACAAAAGGAGAAGCAUAAAAAUCUCGGCUGCUAUUCAAAUGAAGGUGAUUUUAUUGGACAAAACGAUAAAAAAUCAAAACCAAAUAGCAAGAGAGAGGUUGAUCUAAAUGAUUUUAGAGCAUUUAAGAAAAUCAAGAAAGAAGGCUCACAUCAUCCUGUCAGAGAUUGUUAUUCUGACCAUGAUUUAGCUGGAAAAGCAGGUCCUGACAUGGCUAAUGGUCUGUCAACUAAGAUAAUUGCAAAAAAUCUUCAGAAACACAGAGAUGGUUCUUCGUCAAAGGACUUGAAGUCUGAGUUGAAAGAUAGUUUGUCUGCAUCAUCUAAGAGGUUAAAAGAUGAAAUUCAGUAUCUUCCAAAUGGGGAUAUUAAAAAACAAACCAAUGCAUCAAAUGUAGAAAAAUCUGAGAAACUGGAAUUUGCUUCUACGGAGAGAAAACUGAAGGAGUGGCAAGAUGAUCAGCACAAUCAGGAGGUCCAGGCUACUGUCAAUGAAGUUUUAAGACCUGAGAUGUUAAAGUUAAAGAAGGGUAGGGUUUCAAAGUCUGAGGGAAAGGGGUCCAGUACAGGCAGGAUUGAUAAAAAAAGUUCCUCGACCAGAAUUGUCUUGCCUGCUAGCAGAGAGCAUCUGCCUGAUGGAAUGGAUGAGGAGGGCAGAUAUGCCACUGGAAAAGAGCAUCAGUUGGGGCCUUCCCAAGGGAAUGAAACUUCUAGACAGGCAUUGGACUUUGUUGAUCCCUCGAAGAGGGAGAUGGCAUAUGCACAGACUUCUACAGCAGCUACUUCAAGUUCUUCAAAGGUAUCAAGCUCCCGCAAAAGUAAAGCCAACAUUCAGGAAACAAAGGCCUCUCCAGUAGAGUCAGUUUCUUCAUCUCCAUUGAGGUAUUCAAAUACUGAAAAGCUCUUUAACAGAAGAAACUCAGUGGUAAAGGAUGAUGCUUUACAUGUUGGUUCCUCUGUCCUGGGGAGCCCAAGAAGAUAUUCAGAUAGUGAAGCUGAUGGUGGAAGUGACCGCUCUGGAAAACGAAGGAAGGAGACAGCUUAUUCUGUCCAACAACGACUUAUAGAAAAUCAUAGAGAAGCAGAAUUGGGAGUUUUAAGUCUUACGAGAGGGUCAUUUGAUCAUCAGGAUAGAGAAGCAAAUCAGUUAUCUUGUGACAAAGCUGAAGAUGGAAUUCAUUUGAAAAGGGUUAGCCAUGAUGAUCUGUCACCUGUUGAGAUGGAAGAGAUUAAUGUGGCGAGUGGUACUAGGAAUCUUAUGGAUUACAGAUAUCCUCAUGAACUUCCAUGUAAAGACCAUAUUGAAGAUUUAGAUAGGCUGAAUAAACACCACCAGGUAAAUGGUUCUGGUCAACAGAAGUCUGGCAAGAACUCUUUUUCACGGUUCAAAGAGAGACCGAGGAGCUCUAGAUCAGACUUGGAGAAAGGUAAGCUUAAGGUUUCUGGUUUGUCUAAUGAAAACAAGGAUUCAUAUUCUAUGAAGAAUGGCAGCGGCUGCCAACAGAAGGUUGACCUGAGUUCUCAUCAGCAUUCUACUUAUCUUGAAGAUUUGAGGGAUGAGAAAGAUUUUUCGGGGAAGCAGGACUCUGCCACAAGAUGGUCUACAGGUAGAAGAGAUAAUGGAAUACAAGAACAUUUGGAUACUCAUGGUCCGUCCAUGCUUUCUAAUCAGCAUAAGGAUCUUGACUCAAGAGUUGCAGUUGUCAGAGUUAGAUGUGGUAAGUCCAAUAUCCAUGACGACCUACAACCAGCAUCUUCUGACAAUGAUGGAAAGUCAUUAGAUCACAAUGUUUCUGAUCUGAUUGAUCAACGGGAACUGCCUGUUGGAAUAGGGAAAGCACAUUCAAUUUUGGCUUCUGGAGAUAAACAGGAAACACAUAAUCAAGUCCCUCAAAAAGUCUCUUCACCUGUCAAGGGAAGCAGGUCAGAAGUACCCUCUAAUGAUGCAGUAAAUGCCGAUGCAUCAAAGGCAGGCAAAGAAUCCAGACAACCCGAUAUCCACAAUGGGGUGCACCACAAUAGUUUGAGGCAAGGCAUCCCAAAUGGUCCUGACACUUCAAGUCCAAUUCGAAAGGAUGGUCAUUCUGCUGCAUAUAUUGUCAUGAAAGAAGCAAGAGAUUUGAAGCAUACAGCUAAUCGUUUAAAGAGUGAGGGAUUAGAACUUGAAAGCACAGGCCUAUACUUUCAGGCAGCCUUGAAGUUUUUACAUUAUGCCUUUCUUAUGGAGCCUCUCAAUUUUGAUAGUGCAAAACAAGGGGACGCAUCGCGUGCAAUGCAGAUGUAUUUUGAUACAGCAAAACUCUGCCAAUUUUGUGCCCAUGAAUAUGAGAGAUGCAAAGAAAUGGCAGCAGCUGCUUUAGCAUACAAGUGUGUGGAAGUGGCAUAUUUGAAGUCUGCGUACUACAAAUAUCCCAGUGCAAGCAGAGAUCAACAUGAAUUACAAACAGCUCUUCAGAUUCUUCAGCCAGGAGAAUCGCCAUCCUCUUCUGCUUCAGAUGUUGAUAACCUAAACAAUCAGGGUACAUUAGGUAAGGCUACAUCAGCCAGGGGUGUUUGUUCUCCUCAGGUUGCUGGCACCCAUGUUGUAGCUGCUCGCAAUCAUCCGCAAAUUAUGCGGUUGCUCAACUAUACAAACGAUCUAAAUGGUGCAUUUGAAGCGACUAGGAAAUCGCAGAUUGCUAUUGCAGCUGCUAGUGUCAGCCUGGAAAAGGACAGGGCUGAUGGCAUGUCUUCUGUGAGAAGAGUUCUCGAUUUCAACUUUCACAAUGUAGAAGAACUACUGCGACUUGUACGGCUAUCAUGGAGUCUAUUGGUAGUUAGUUGUUCAAAGACAGAGCAGACAUUGUCCCUGUGAAUAGAAGAUCAUGUUCUUCUGCAUUACCCUCAGCUAUGCUGAUUAUAAUGGGGUGAAAAUGCUGGAUUGGUUUCGAUCUCACUUCUACGAUGGCAUGUUCUUACUGAAGGGAUUGGAUCUCUCAGUCUCACUUCCUGUAGAAUGUGUACAGAAAGAUCAGCUUGCAGUCCUCGUAAAAUAUUCUUUGUGGCCUGUGAUGUUUGAGGCAUGGAGAAGGGCUUAAUUUUUGCCCCUUGCUCCAUCAAUAUGGAGGGGUGACAGGUGUAAUGCAUUUCUUAUUACCCUGCCUCAGCAACAAGAUGGAGAUACUGCUAUAGACAAGGUUGUUUCACUUGCUUUGUUUGUGGAUUCAAAAUCUAUGUGACAGUGGAAACAUGGUGGGGAAGUGGUGCAUGCAUGAAUUGUUUUCCAUUAAGCUCUGUCUGCUAUGAAAUGCCCGAUAUAACCUUGUUUAAAAUGCCACAAAGCUGAGUACAAACUAACGUGUCUUGUCAUGGUUGUUCUAUUGGCUCUUGUUCAUACCCAGGAUCAGAAUAUAUGCAAUCUGGGAUGAAGCAGACGGGUACCGAACAAUUAGAGUGUAUAAAGACCUUUAGUAUGUAGGUUCUCUGACAUGAAGCUUCUGUGUUCGAAACUUUCCCAAAGAGGGAAUUUGUUAAAUAUUAAAUCAUUAUUGCUAACAUAAGGUGGGGAGCAGGAAUAUUCUUGGGAGGUCCCUCUUGCUGUCAGUCUUCAGACAAAGCUCCAACAGGUUGGAGAAAGAUGGCAAGUUGACUGAGCAGUGACAUAGGCGGCUGCAUGCUUUCAGUAGUUUUGUUGGAUUUGUAUCGGGAAUUGUACAAAAGAGCACCACUCUCUCUGAGUUGGCCUGACUACUCCCCAUGUGUUUAAAUAGCAGCAAAAAUGCAUCGAUUCAUUUCAUAAUAAAAGCGAUUAUUUUUCCACAUGCCUAUCGGAUCUCCUGGAUAUAGGAGGAAUAACGGUCCAUGAGGGUUCUGUUCAAGUAGAUCCAUGAGAAUUUCAGGAACCUAGAACAGUGCCCAGGCAUCCUUUGUGGUGUCGUGCAAGGCAUAGCUGUUUCAGUUCUUUUUUUAAGUCUUCGAAAAUAGAUGCUGGUCUGCGGGCCAUAACUCGAGAACACCUGAGAAGUGGUAUCCGCUGUCUGAAAAUGAGCAAGCUGUGCUUCAUGAGCAGCUUGUUUUUGGCUCCAUCAAGCUUGAUCAAGGCUCAGAUCAAUUACUAGACUGAUACAGCUUUUGUUUUUGGACCGAAUGCUAAAUAUUUCAAGAUGUACCGAGUUGCUUGCUUGAUUCCAGCUUCAUUGAACUA